AGGCUGAACCAAGGUGAUUCUUCACACCGCGACUCAACUUCCUCCAGUAACUAGCUACAGAUAUUUGGAUAAGGCACUUCUAUGGCAGAUUAUAUAUUUACAUUCUCUGGCUCAAUCAUUACUGCGCCAGUAAAGAUCAUCUGAACUGCCACAGUAAAACAGUAAGUAAGCCUGCCUGCCUGUCACUGCUAUCUGCUCUAUCCAUCCUCUUCCCUAGUACUGUUGUAUAGCACGCUUACUAUGUAUCAUUGUUAAACCAGAAAGAGCUGACUUGUUUAUCAUUUCCGUGCUUUAUCUCGUGAUUGUGGUUCUUUGAUGCAGAUUGUGGUGAUGGCACAGGCGUAGUGCUUUGUGGCUUGCGUGUGUACGUGUUUGUUUUUAUACAUUAAUUCUGUUUUGGGACAAUUUAAAUGCUAUAGUAAGAUAAAAGAGGCUGGUGUACUUGUGCACCUCCAGUCCAUCAUUCAUCGCCCCCCCGUUUUUCUCGCGUUUCGCCGCCGCUGCUGACGAUGAUGUAACCGUGGAAACCGGAGCGAGCUUCAUCUCGCGGAGGUCGCCGGCGCGUGCCGUGGUACUCGCGUCUUGGGUUGCAGCGCUUCACUCCGCCGAUUUAUGCUUUAUAUCGUUAACUAGUUACGAAGAACCACGGGCGACAUAAAAUAAGCGCAGCGCGGCGUUUUUUCGUUACAUUUUUUACGCAGGUUACUUUGCCGACGUGUGUGAGUAACCGCGCCACGUUUCGAAAGUUACCUGAGGUGAACCUGACCCGCGCGAUAUUAUUCUAAAUCCCUAAAAUGUGACUGUAAGCGAUAAGUAGUAGUUUUGCCGAUGAUUCGGAUAGGGCGAGUCGUAUCUCAUAGGUUACUGCCUGAGAACGUCGGUUUAUCUAGGUAGUAAAUCUGACUAAUAGCAGUAUUGCUGAAACACUGAAUCACCGACAGCUGGAGACUCGGGACUUUUGAUGCCAACGAAGCGGUUUGAAGUCGUCGGCUGUAUAAGUGGGAUGAUGCAACUGGCGCGACGCUAUUGCGCCGUGCCGAAAUGUGCUGUUUAUGUGAACUCCGUUAGUAUACAUGGCGUUAGUUGCGUGUGUAUGUCCAUCGCUGGUUACGGAGCAGCGUGUCACUGUCCCGUCUGAUUCAUAAAGGUUUUUUACCCGCUCCCCGCGUUACCGUGCUGUUCAACAUGAUUUCCAGAGAACACAGUUAUCAGAUGUCCAAGUCAACUCUGAAUAUACCUGUGGGAUUACUUAUCCGAUCGCCAAAAAAACGCCUUGAGAAGUUAGGAAGAAAUUCAAGCAAUGGAUCCGUACAGUCCAAGCUGUCCAGUGCCACCACCAGGUCGGCUGAGAGUGCACUGCAUAGGGAGUCCAAAAAGAACAAGGCCCACUGGCACAGCCAAGGGCUCGCGGCCAUCUUCAGCAGAGGAGCACACCUCGACGGGGCUGGUGGCGACGGUGCCGCGCUUUCAGACACUCUGAGCGAGAUGUCCGGUCCGGAUUCCAGCCCCAGCAUCCUAAAGAUCUUCGGCAGUGCUGUUUCCCAGGGGGCGCACUACAAGAGUGUGCUUGCCACCAUGCACUCCACUGCCAAGGAGAUCAUUAAGGAGGCCUUGGAAAGGUACGGCCUGGAGGACGAUGCCGACGCGUACGUGCUGUGCGAGGUGGUCGGCUGUAAGGGGGAGGACCUCCAGUGGCGGAGCGAGUGUUCGCGGGUUGUAGGGGCUCUGGAGAGACCCCUGCUGCUGCAGGCGAUGUGGAGACCCGCAGAGGGCUUUUCCCGCCGCUUUGAGAUCCAGAGACGAGCCACUUUGGAGCAGAGUGGCCACACGGGAAAACAGGCUGCCACCUUGGGCUCAGGAAGGCAGCCAAAGAACGGCUCGCGUGUAACCUCCAUGCUGAUGGAACUCGGGGUCAAGAGCCCGGAAUUGUGGAGGAGCCUCAGUGAGCUGGAGUUGCCCCCUACAUCGGAGAAUUCCCCCCACGCCAACGAAGUGCAGGGCCCGUCUAGGGAGAGAGAAGAGACUGAGAGCAACGGGGAUUGUGGCACCCAGCUUUUCAGCAGCCCGCAGAUUUCCUGCACAAUUCCCCAAACACCCUGUUUCCUGUUGCUGCAGGGAUACAGCUCCAGUCAGGACUGCGUCAUCUACCCGUUAGACGGGACGACCACAGCCUUCGGCCGCAGCCAGGGGGGGGAGCCGGUGUUCGGUGUCGCCCUCCAGCUGCACGCCCCCGACAUUCUGCCCCUGCACUGCCGUGUGCUCCGCCAGGAGGCCCAGCGCGAUGGGGCAAGUGCGGCAGUACUGUUGGAACCGCUCCACGGCGCCCCCGUCACGCUCAAUGGCACCGCCCUGACGCAGCAAGCCCAGCUCUGUCACUGGGAUCUUGUAGGUUUCGGGAAUCACUACCUGUUCCUGUAUAAGGACCCUACUACUGACCCCGCCCACAAAAUGCCCCCUUGGCUUACCUCUGGACACCAGAGGGCUCCAGUCUGCCCUACUUGUGGCUGCAGCCCCCCCCGCACCAGCUGGGGACCCUCACUGAGGCUAAAAGACCCAAAGUGCCGAGAUCUCUCUCUAUCCUAUGAGCUGGAGCACAAGGACCGGAUCCUCGAGGAAAUCUUCGCUGUGGUGGAUCCCCGCGGCGAUGACCCUAAGCUGACCCCAGCCUUCCUGCUGUGCCUUUGUAUUCAGCAUUCGGCCGUGAACUUCCGGGCUUCCGACUUCCAUCGGCUGCUGCUCCAGAUCGCCGGCCGCGUUCAGACCGCCGUGGGGGACAUGACGAAGGAGCUCGCCUCAGUCCAGCCUGAAACGCCCUCUGGUGGGGGGCAAAGUGACUUGGGGGAGUCGCAGUCCGUGCCGAUCCCCGACAUUCGGCCGCUGGUGCUGUGGAUGGCCAACAGCCUGGAACUGCUCCACUUCAUUCAGCAGGAGGUGCCGCGUCUGCUCCCCUGGGCUGAAGAGGAGGAGGAGGAGGAAGUUGAGGAGGAUGAUCCAGGGAGCCCACGGUCGCCUUGGCAGCAGGCCAUAGCAGUCCUGGAGGAGGUGGUGAUGUUUACAUUCCAGCAGUCUGUGUACCACCUCACCAAGAGCCUGUAUAGCACCUUGUUUGGUCUGCUCGACAGCAGCCCCUUCUCCGAAAAUGGUCAGCUUCAAACGCCCAAGGCCGUCCUGGACACGGUGGCGGUGUUCAGAGACGCCAUGCGGACGUUCAGCACCUGCGGCGUGCACCGGGACAUCGCCACCCAGCUCUUCGCUUACCUCUUCUUCUUCACCAAUGCCUCCAUCUUCAAUACACUCAUGGAAAGGGGAGCCACAGAUGGGUUCUACCAGUGGUCCAGGGGCGUCCAAAUCCGGGCCAACCUAGACCUGCUGAUGGACUGGAUCCAGGGUGCGGGGCUGGCCGACGUGGCUGACGGCUUCUUCCAGAAGCUCUCGUCCGCAGUGAACCUGCUGGCCACGCCUAGGGAGACGCUGCUGCAGGCUUCCUGGAGCUCCCUGCGGAGCGACUUCGAGCCACUGAGCCCAGCACAGCUCCAUCACGUGCUGCAGCAGUACCACUCGGGCCGAGCCUGCCCCGCUGCGUGGAGCCCAGCGCCUCAGGACGCCGUUGCCGCGUGGUCGGGAGCCGAUGUGCUGGAGAGCUUUGACGGACAUCCCCCGCUCGUUCUGCCCAGGAGUGGCUUUCAGCUGCAGCUCGGCCAGCCGGUCCCAGAUGCCGGCCUGGUGGCGCGGCUACAAAGCCUACAGGACCUCGUCUGCUCGCUCGCUCUGCCCUCUGUGCACCCGGAGCAGAAGCCGUGUUCAGAAGCUUCCUCCCCCGCGGCUAUGAAGAACUCGACUGGCACGGCUCCGUACAACGGACCCUUACUUGAAUCGCAGGUGGGAGAAGCUGCGGUUUUGUCCCAGUGUCCGACGGCAGCGCGAUGCACCAGCGUCGGCAACCUGAGCUCCUGCCAGACUGUCCUAACUCAGAAGCUGAGGAGCUUAGAACUGCAGUGCACCCUGCGCAAGCAGCCUGACCUGAGCUGUCACAGAGGCCUAGCCCUGGACCCAUCCUGCCUGCUCACCCCUCCCAACACUCCCCAGGGCCACGAGCUGGCUGAGCCAGAUGCCAGCCUGCAAGGUUGCGCUCCGGAGAGAGAGGCGGUUGACCAGCAGAGACAACGUGAGAACCAAUCACCGUGCUGCAAGAAUAAGGAAGACUAUGCAAUGGAUGAGGAAGUGUUCAGCGUCGAGCUGCAGAUGGGACCCCAGGGGCUCGGACUGGCCCUGGUGGAUGGGAUGUCGUCGCCGAUGAAGAUGAGCGGAAUUUACAUUCGCUCCGUGGUUCCGGAUUCACCUGCCGCCUGGUGCUGCAGACUGGGCCCAGGAGACCGAAUCCUGGCCGUAAAUGGACAGAGCCUGGUGGGGAUGGAGUACCACAGUGGCAAGGAGCUUAUGCAGACAUCAGGAGACAAGCUCAGUUUGCUGGUGGCCAAGUGUGUAUGGAAGGUUUAGCUUGCAUGGGAGGUAACUGGGAAUUCUGGGCCAGGAAGCAUACUUUGAAACUCAGGGACCUUUGUGUGAGCUGCGGGUAUUGCGGUUUCUUGCUGGAGUUUUUCCACAUAGGAAAACAUUUUUGGGAUAUUUAAAUGUUUCCUUUUUUACUUACCGAGGAAAGGUUACUUCAACAUAUUUUCAUUCGCUGAAAAGGUUUAUUACAUUUCGCAUUUGAAUUGCAGGCCGAAAACAGUGUAUAAGCAUGACGCUUCUGAGCUGGAUUCUGGCCGGAGUGUAAACAUUUAGAAUAUUCACGAAGAAAUUCAUUUGUACAUAGCAAUUAAAUGUUUAUGUACGGGAAUGUCAUGCUUUAGAAUGUCAUGGCGGUAACAUGCAUUAUGUUAAAAUUGAUGACCUGUUAGGUGUACUGGGUGCACUGGGAUUCUGGCUGAGGAAGUUGCUGGACACCCUCUGGUGCUGCUUAACUUUGCUCAGACCCUUAUUGCCUGAAAGGCACAGCCAAGUACUUCAGCUCCAGGGUCCUGAGGUCAAAAUGCAUGAAUAUAUAUUUACUGUGUAAACAAAGGUAAAGACUUUUUUUUUUUUAACUUUUUUUUCAGAAGGCCAGUGCAUAUGGGAUGUAAGACUUUGUUACAGUUUAUAAUUAUAAUUAUUUAAUCCUUA